GCCUGAAGCCCCGAUGAAGAGGAGGCGCCGUCGCGGUAAAUCUGCGGCCUCGCCCCGGAAGCAGGAAGCGCCGGGCCUGCUAGCGAAUUCCACUUCAAUUGAUCGGCUCCCUUCUUCGGUCCCUGCGGGCUUGCGGGAGCUGUCCGGGCGGUUCAUGGGGAUUUUUCUCCAGAGGAUAUGGAGCUUUCUGCCAGCGAACUCAGCAUUUAUGAUAAACUCUCAGAGACCAUUGACUUGGUGAGACAGACUGGUUACCAGUGUGGUAUGCCUGAAAAAGCCAUAGAGAAGUUCAUCAGACAGCUUCUGGAGAAAAAUGAACCCCAACGAGGGCCCCCACGAUACCCUCUUUUGAUUGUUCUCUAUAAGGGCCUGAUUACUUUGGGGUUAGUUUUACUAACUGCGUAUUUUAUGAUCCAGCCGUAUACCCUUUCACCACCCGAGGCUACACUCACCAGAGCCCAUGCAUGGGGCUCCCUCAUCAGUCACAUCCGGCUGCUGCCUUUGCCCAUUACCAAGAAGUAUAUGCUGGAGAAAUGUCAAGACUGGUGGAGCCUGGACUGUAGACGGAAUGUUUCUCUGGCUGCCAAUUGCUCUUGCUGCUGUUCCAUGAAAACUCUUGUGGCAGCAGCUAACCUAGGACAGCUAUCAGGAAAUGUAUUGCAAUCAGAGCUUCUUCUUAUCAAGACAGGACAGUAUCAGUCUUAUGACGAAAUGAAGCGGUUUCAGUCCCUGUACCAUGAUCUGAUAAAUUUUGUGAUACAUGAAGAUUCAACUGAAGUUGGGAGCAGCCAUCCAGAACAGGGUCUUCCAUUUCACUUUUUCCGGGGAAAAAAGCUGAAUAAAAGUCAGAUUAUGGAGGAGAUUUUCCCUAUCUUCUCUUCAUUGCGGUUCGCAAACACGGUUUCUUUGGAAAGCUGUUUUCUCAUCCACCACCCAAAGCUUCAGGAUAAAACAUACAGACUGCAGAGCACCUUUGUAGUUGGAAGUGGCCGGCUUACCUUAAAUGCUGCUCCUUCAUCAUUGUGCAGACAGCAUUGCCAGAUGCUGGUGGUAGAGCUGGAAGCUGGAGAUGUUGGCUUUGCAGAUGCGAAACAUUGGACAACAAGUUUUAACUCUAUGGGAUCGGAACCUACUGUUGUUUGUGAUGGAUCUGCCAGCUAAAAAUGCUUGAGAAAAAAGCCGGUUUCAAUAUGGGAAUACUGCACAAUCAAAGACAAGGAAGCAGAGCACAGAAGAGAUACGGAUGAUAUAGCCACAAUUUCCAGGGAUGUAUUUUCCCUUAUUCUGCACAUCUGCAAGGAGGGAGGCUGUGCACUUUAAAAAGGCAUCUUCACCAAUCUUCAAGAUAACUGACCCUUCCUUAAAAGUAUCAGAAGUAAUUGGAGGAGUCCAGUUCUCUCUGGUUUUAUAUAGAUCUGUCCUUGAAAGUCAGUAGAAGGGUUUGGGGAUGGGAGAAGAUGUGUAACUUACUCUUUGUGAGCACUGCUGUUCUGUUCAGAGGGAAUUCUCACUAAAUACUUCUUUCCAGACAUCCUGUAGAGGUAUUGUCAGGGCUGCUUAUAAGUCUCUCAGUCACUUCUGCAAAAGGAAGUGAGCUACUGAAAUGUAAUCUGAGGCCUGAGGACACAACUGCAGGAGGAAUCUAGUCUGGCCUGGUUCUGUGUUACAGCCUCAGCACAAGGAAUUCAUCUGCAGUUGCAGUUUGUUUUACCUUUGCCAUGUUGUGAUGACCUUCUUGCAUUAUCACAAUAUCCAAGCAUCAUUCUUUCCAGUAAAAAUUCACUACAUUUUCUCCCCUAACAACCCACAUGUGUGACUUUAUGUAGUCAUCCUUUUCGGUGUGUGUGGUUAAGGUGGGGUUUGUAUAUCUAAUGAGGGGAAAGCACUAUGCAAGUUUCUUUUCCAUCCCUCUUCACUAAUGAGUUGAAAUACAUAUUGUUACAGUUUCCCUGGACUGGAUCAAUUUAAUGCCAAAUCUGAGAUUUUUUCAAAAUGACGAAUAAUUUGGCUGCUUGAUACGAUUUGCUACAGGGCUGAUUUUUUUUUUUUUGCAGAAAGUACUGAGAAUGAUUCUUCUGAAAAUUAGGCCUUUUUGAAGUGUUUAAGCUGGGCACCCCAAAUCAGUCUGCCCUUUCGUUUGCUGCAGCCAUAUCCAUCUUAAGACUAGAAAUGGUGUUAAAAGAUUUCCAUACAUACUUGCUUGAAUGCUUUUGUCCAGCACUUGUUUAAAAAUGCUGAUGGGUGGAUUCUUUAAUUACUGUAAUUAGAGGCAGGAUUGUAACAGGCAGUUACAAGGACUGUGCUAUGCAUAUGCUUGUGCUCUUCCUCUUCCCCGUGUUUUGUUGUUUUCUUGAGUCUUAAUCCAUGUUUUAGAAUGCAUGUUGAUUAUUCUUGAGCUCCUUCCAAGCUUUGUGAAUUUCCUCUUGCUGCUCAUAGGCUGCUCUGUCCAGUGCCUUUAGAGAGGAUCAGUUUCAAGCAUGUACUGUCUACAGUUGUAGAAGUGCUUCCCAUGGGUGAAUCUUUAAGUUCCUGCUGUGUUAAGAUAAUUUACAGAUGUGUCAGGCAGGCUGAAGUCAGAGCUGAGCAAUGCGGGCUGGGGCAUCUGUUUGAAUAUGUUUAUAUGCUAUUGGGGAUCUUUUUAAAGUUAACAACAAAACUUUCCAAACAAGAAGAAAAUGUUUAUUUGUUUGUAAAUAGAGCUCAGUUUUAUGGAGAAGGUUGAACAGCCUGACUAUUUUUUUGUUGCUAGAAAAUUUAGAUUGGAUAUAUAGAUUACAAUAGCAGUUAAAGGUCCCUGUCAGAAUCAGAGACCAAUUAUUCUGUGCCAAAUGCUUCAUUUUUAAUUAUAGAAGAGCAAGAUUUGAGUCCAGUAGCAUCUUAAAGGCCAACAAGAUUUCCAAGGGAGCUUGACUCUUGAAAACUCAUACCAUGGAAAUGGUCUUUAAUGUUCUAUUGGACUGGCUCUUCUACAGCAAACCAACACAGCUGAAACUGUUUAUUUAUAAGCAUGCUGUUCAUCAGGCAUGCAUCAGUGACUUGUAGACUGUAGUGUGAGACUAGUGUUUUAAAGAUCGGUGUAUUGGAUUUUGGGGGGUUGGUUUUCAGUUUGCUUCCUUCUCCAGUAUUUUCCUUGACCAACUGGCUAUGCUUUGCCAUCACCACCCCAUGUUUUCCCUCUUCUUUUUCUGUAUAUUGGAAACUGUCACUCUAACUACGUUGGAAAACAUAGUUAGGAUCCAAGCUACUAUAUUUGCUUUUUUUUUACUCCUGAGCGAAAGACGAGCACCUAAUUUUAUUGCAAAUUUUCAGGAAACCAUGCUGAUCUCAUUUGAUUAGACACUUAACUAAGCAAUGGGUUGAAAGCCCUAUUUCUGGAUUGACCAACAGUGGUCUGAGAUUUAUUUAUUUUGACUGCUUUUUAAGAAAAAUUACAAGCAACUCUGUCUUGGUUUCUGUGUUCAUCUAAAUCAAAUGUGAUCAAGGAUGAUUGUAUUGUUAAUCUAUUUUGUUUGUUAUGAGCACCAUUUCCAGUUUGGUAGUACAAUCCCUGUACUUAGGGAAUUGUAUCAGUAAUGCUGACUGCUUAAUUGCAAAAGAGUAAAAAUCUAUCAACCUCAGGAUCUUGAGACAGCUGUGGCUUUGCAGGCCAGCUUGUACAUAUGCUGUAUUAGCGUUCUCAUAAUUUUUUUUCUCUUCCAAGGCAGAUCAGGAAAUGGUCUGUUGGACAAGAGAGAAUGAGUUUGUCCUGCCUGCGACUGGCUUUCCACGUGCACUUUGUCUUUCUGCAGGCUUUUGCCUUUGUGUCUAGGAGGUACUGUGCACGUAGCCAAGCCUCAUUCCCUCUGGAGUUUACAUCAUUUGUUUUUAAACUUCCCGUACAUUUUCUCCCUUCCCUUCCACAAGCUGCAAUGAAUUAAAAGCAGAAGUAAUUGCUCAACAGGAACCAGAGGGCCAGGUUCUCUGAUUUUCAGCUGAUUAAGAGCAUUUCAUCAGAUCACAGUUUUUCUUGUCUUAUCUGGAAUGCCAGCUCUCAUUCUAGAGCAUGACUUAGCACCUGUACCUAUCUGUUUCUGCAAGGGCCAGAGGAACAGUGUUGCCCUUUCAAGCAUUUACUGCAGCCGUGCAGAAUGAGCUUGGAAAGGAACCUGCAGGAAGAUAAGUUGUCAUGAAUUAAAAUUUGGACUGAGCGUCUGAUUAUUUGACCCAGAUCUUCAGAUAAGUCCAUUGUUUUUUUUUUAAAAAGCCCUUCAGAGUAAUUGGUGCUUGUGACGCACAGUCAGAAGGAAACUUUCCCAAAAUCUGCAACAGGAAUGAUGUGUGAACUCUAGGAAGUUGGGAAAAUUCCAAGUUUGGUAAUAAAAUGUCCAUCAAAUACUUGGUUAUAAAACAUCUAAGCAGAAAUUAAGUGGAUACAGUUACUGACUUUUGCUGUUUCUCACAUCUCUGCAAUCUUUUGAUGCUUUCCUGUUGUAUGCCAGUACCGCUUUCUUGUACAAAGUAUUUUGGGUUUCAUAUGUGACUAUAGCUAUAUACUUUUUCAUCUUUUUGGAGAAGCAAACUGUCUUUUCUGCUAUGCCAAACUAUGUAGAGGUUAAUGUCUUUGUCUCACAAUGCAUUCUUAUAUCUUGUGACUAGUAUCCCAAGGCUAGGCAUAUUGUGAUGCCUGAAGAUGGCACACUGAUUGCUAAUAUUCACCAGCCAAGAUAGGAAGCUUACUUUCCAGUUUCUCUUAGUAAUAAGAAGUUUUUUCCUAGGAACAAAUCACUUUGCUUCGGUGAAUUGAGUUGAUAUGACAUGAUGGCAGGAAGAGGUGAGUGUAGUGGGGACAGGCUUAUUAAUUGCAAGGCAUGUAAGUAGAGGAGUCCCCAGCUGCCUAGGCACAUCCGGUUCAUCUUCACUUGAAUGUACAUUUGGUGUUCAAGUCAUCAUAGUGUUUUCAAACUGCAAGUUUUAGACUAGUUUCAAAAGAUCAAUGCAACCUUUAUGCAAAGUGUAAUCAUUGGCUUUCUUAGUCUUUCUGAAAAGCUGUAGGGAGAACAUGGGUUUUCCUGAUGAAGAAUGGGGGAAGGUGCUGUGUAACUUACUGCUUUCUUCUCUUCUAGGAGGAGGACUUCAAGUUUGCAAGGAAAGAAGUAAUCUUGUAAUCUGUUAUUUCA